AUGUCCACAUCCACUGCAACUGAGUUGUAUAGUCAAGGAACAGACGCCAGAAAUAGAUCCAUUCAUGAGCGUCACCACCAACGAACUUCAUCAACAGUAGAAGAGUUGCUUAUUGAGAAAUUAGACUACUUUGUAUCGUCUAUUGAAGCUAGACUAAACAAUUUUGACAUAUUCUUUAAAUGGAAAGAGGCCCAUGCUGAUGAUGACAAUGACAAUGACCAUGAUCUUGCUGAUUACAAUGAUAAACCUAUUAAAACUACUACAAAUAUUUACCAUACCAGUGCUGAAUAUAGUUCUGGCAAUUUGCUUUCAUCUCGUAGUAGAAGCGAUUCAACCGCAAGCUUGCAAAGUUUAAAAGAACUUUCCAUCAUCAAGUUGAAUUUGAUUAGAGAUCGAUUAAGAUUGAUCAAAAAAAGUGUCCUAAGUAAAGGAUUUACCAAUGUUGAAUUCUUGUAUAAUUUGUUGGCUGAUCAGUAUGACUAUUUGUUCAAUUCAGUGGUUGACCCAUCUAUGGUGAUGGAUGAUGAUGAAAUUGGUAGCCAUGAGAAACCCAUGAAAGAGAGUAGCACCUCUUCCCCCCUUUCAUCACCCUCCCCACGUGAAGUACUUUCCAACAAACUCAUUGAUAUUAUCUACUACUUUGACCAGAAAUUAACAAAUAUUGACGAUUACCUACGCGAAAAGAAUGCUAUUGUUGAAGGUGGUAUUAAAGAUUUACAAGAAAAUGGCGCUUCAGAACAACCACAUUUCAUCAAUUUACGUUAUUUCAAUUUCAAUCGAGCAUUGAAGAAUGCCGCUAGGAACAAGUAUGUCCAUUAUUAUGAAUUACCAUUGAUGUGGCGAGAAAAUAAAUAUAUCAUCCAAGGGUAUCGAUUUUCAUUAAAGCAUAGUGAAAUGUGGAAACUGAUAUUUGCCUGGCAUAAUGAAACAAUGAAUAUUUGGUCGCAUUUGGUUGGUGUUGGCGUGGUGCUUUAUAUCGCCUUGGUGCAGUUCCCAUCAACUACGGUAUUUGAAGUCAUGAGUAAAGGAGAUAAAUUAUUCAUGUACUUGUUUCUCGUUGCUGCUUUGGGUUGUUUGGUUUCGUCUUCCACUUGGCAUACAUAUUCAUGCUUUGCUCAUUACCCCAGCCGAGCUAAUUUCGCGUGCAUUGACUACUCGGGUAUUACUUUGCUCAUCACCUGUUCGGUAAUUGCUAUUGAGUAUUGUGCAUUGUAUAAUUACCCCAAUUUAUCAUUGGCAUUCAUCAUAUUCACCAUGGCAUGUGGUUUGGGUGGAUUUGCGUUCAAUUGGAGUCCAUAUUUCGAUAAACCUGAAUGCCGUCCAUUGCGUAUUGGAUUCUUUAUCGGGUUAUCAUUUUCAGGAUCAACGGCGCUUCUUUGUCAAUCAUGGUACUAUGGGCCCUGGCAUGCAUUGUGGUUUGUGCUACCGUUAUUUUACAAGAGUUUUGCCUGGUACUUGUUGGGAGUUGUGUUUUAUGGUGGGUUGAUCCCAGAGAGGUGGAGAUUCGAUGUGAUUAUUGAAGAGAAUAAUGCUGUUGGUGCUGGAUGUCAUCAUCAUUAUGAUGCUAUUGAUGUGAUUGAAGAUAAAGUGGGGCAUGCUGGUGAAGAAGAAAUUGACCAAAUUGAGCUGGAAUUGUUGGAGUUGGAACUGCAUAGGUUGCAAAAGGUCAAAGAUGCAUUAGCGCCAGCUAAAGCUUCAGAUGAAGCAGAAUUAUCUGCUGAUAAUGUUGAACAUGACAGUGGCACUGACCUCGAUGACAACGAUAAUGAAGAAGAAGAAGAAGAAGAAGAAGAAGAGGAAGAAGAUGACGAUUUCAAACGCUUGGUUAAAAAGCAUUUCAAAAAGGAACCAACAAAGACGCCCUAUGCGAACAAGUUUAUGAGUUUGUGGUGGGUUGAUUAUUUCAUGGCCAGUCACAACAUUUGGCACAUUUGUGUCUUGUUGGGUAUCUUGGGUCAUUACUCAUGCCUAGUGCACAUGUUUAAUGAAAUCAAGGGUAUUUUGAAGUAG